AUGAACAUUAGAUACGGCGUUAAGCUUUUUAAUAACUUUAAUAAGAUUUCUAAGCAAUCACAAAACUUUAAGUAGGUCUUCAAUCAACCUAAAUUUUAGGCAGUUACCAUUAAAAAAAAUAUGGAAAACAGCAUUACUAUUGCAAAGGAUUCCGUUGCCCCCGCUUUAACUAUUGCAACCCUCUUCACUGGCUUUAGACUUAAUACUGGAUGCUUCUGUCUUGAUGAUUCCCAAGAUGAUGAAGAUGAUGGCGCAAGUUCAAGAAACUCAGACGGGAAUACCUGA